CGUAUGCCUCGCUUCUUAUAGCUUUACAGAGAAGUCCGGAGCAGAGCAAAAUCUAUAUGGUGCAUGUUUUUUGGGGCAUCUAUAAUCCGAGAAAUCUCUGACAUAAACGGAGGAGAGCCAUGGCAACUAUGCAGGCGGUCAUGGGCAACCUUACAACGAUGGAGCGGCAAGUGUUAACGGCGGUGAAUACCGGCGGUUCGAGCCUGUCUUUGAUGGGGUCCGGAUUCAUAGCGUUGUGCUAUUUGCUCUUCAAGGAGCUCCGAAAGUUCUCCUUCAAGCUUGUCUUCUUCCUCGCGCUAUCCGAUAUGUGCUGCAGUUUCUUCAGCAUAAUUGGGGAUCCUUCCAAAGGAUUCUUUUGUUAUGUUCAGGGUUAUACAACACAUUUCUUCUGUGUAGCUUCUUUUCUUUGGACUACCACAAUUGCUUUUACCCUUCACCGAACUGUUGUUAGGCAUAAAACGGAUGUUGAAGAUUUGGAGCCUGUCUUUCAUUUAUAUGUUUGGGGAACUUCAAUUGUCAUGACAGUUAUACGCUCUAUUGGCAAUGACCAUAGGCAUAUAACUCGUCUAGGCACCUUAUGCUGGGCACAAACUGGGCGUGCAGCAAAGGCAGUUCACUUUGUUACUUUUUAUGCACCUCUUUGGGCUGCAAUCCUAUUUAAUGGCAUCACAUACUUUCAAGUAAUUCGGAUGCUUAACAAUGCAACUCGUAUGGCAGCUGGCAUGUCAGAUGCACGGACAGAUAUGAAGGCGCUCAACCGAUGGGGAUAUUAUCCACUUAUUCUGAUAGGUUCAUGGUUUUUUGGCACAAUAAAUCGCAUACAUGACUUUCUUGAGCCAGACCAUAAAAUAUUUUGGCUUUCAGUACUUGACGUUGGUAUGGCUGCACUAAUGGGUCUCUUUAACUCAAUAGCGUAUGGCCUCAACUCAUCAGUGCGUCGGGCAAUUUAUGAAAGAUUAGACCUAUUGCCAGAAUGUGUGCGGAGAUGGCUCCCCAAGAGUUUAAGGUCAAGGGGUGGACAACAGCAAGAGGGUGAACUAAUUCCACUAAAAGUUGAGAACCAACGAUUGUGAAAGUGAAGGGGGAAUGUACUAAAAACCAGUGAGAAAUCUGCUCGCCCAGGUUCUUUUGUCCAUACAGCAAUACAGAUGUUAAAUCUGAAUCAACAGCCUUUCUUUCUUAAUGGAUUGCGAGAUGGUUAGGUUACUCUAAUCUACUGGGAAUCUUUACAAGAAGUGUGGGUUUAGGAUUAUCAUCACAGUUUUGAAGGCAGCUGCAGUUGGCUAUGGUGAUGAUCUUAAUGAAGAUUAAUGACUAAUCUUCCAACAUUAUGCGCUAUUCAAAGUUUCAUGCUUUUUCAUCCAUUCUUCUGAAGAUUUCUUGUAUCUUAUCGUAUAUUGUACCCUUCUUACUUCUUAGGUUUGAAUUUGUAUGCACCCUGCUGAAUAUCCUACAAUUAUGUAAGAUGAAGUCGUUAUUUCACAAUGUCAUAAUAGAAAGCACUAUGGCCAUAAGACCAUUUAUCUAAAUAUAAGUUGAAACGUAAGAAUAA